GUCACGCAACUCCUCCAUCUGCCUCUCCUUUUCGGCCUGCUGCCACAUCACGAACCCGUCAACUUCUACUGGUUCAGGCCGGAACUAGCAGUCCUCCUCCUCCUAUUCCUUUCGGCACGGAUCUUGUGAAUAUUCGGGAGCUUUCUUAAUGGACCCUCGUCCCCUCCCAUAACCUUUUUUCUCGCGAGAUUUCGAUCCUCCUUUGAGGCCAGCGGGUUACUGCAGGAGUUUUCGAAAGUCUACGCGCCUAUUCGUAUCCACUUCCGCAUCGGUUUCGAAAGUCCCCCUUCAACAGCGAAUCUAAUACCCACCGCAUAAUUUGCCUUUUGAUCACGCCUGCGAGAUUCUGCUCUGCCGCGAGCCCUGUUUCGGCUUUUUCUGGCACUCGGCACCGACCAAUAUUCAGAACCCACGCUUUGAUUCUUUCAGCACCCUCGUUUAUCAACCUGUUAGCUUGAGCCAGCCGACCCUCUGACGCCCAACCUCGGUCGCACGACAAUUAUGCUCAAUAUGUCCAACAUCAUGAGCAACCGCAACAGCACCCCCGAGGCUAGCAGCGUCUCAUCGCUUCGGCCUCCCUCGUCGCGGGCAGUCGGCGCCAACAAUCACGCCCUUCGUGCGUCUGCGGACAUGGCCGCCCUUGGUGGACAGGCCGCCGCUGGCCGGAUCCGACCUUCCUCCGAUUUCUACGGCCAGGUGCAGUCAGGCCAGGGCCAGGGCAAUUCUGACAUGGAUGCUCAGGAUAAGCUUGCCCAGCAGUGGAUCGCCGACAUUGAUCAGUAUGAGACUACUCUGGAGGAGAUGGCAGCCGCUACCCUUGACCAGGAUUUCAAGGAUGAGCUUAGCGCCAUUGAGCAGUGGUUCCGCGUCCUGAGCGAGGCCGAGCGCACCGCUGCGCUUUAUGCGCUGCUGCAGCAGACCACGCAAGUGCAAAUUCGCUUCUUCAUCCAGGUCCUGCAGCAGAUGGGCAAGAAUCACCCGAUGUCGGGUGUGCUCUCGCCCGCCAACUUCGACAAAGAUCCUAUGUCCAACCGCCUAAGUGAUGCGAUGAACAAGCUUAGUGUUGACUCGGCUCGCAACUCUAUGGCCCGCCCGAGCACUGGUGCGAACGUGAAGCGCCAGUCUGGCCUGGAUUCGUCGACUAUCAAUGCCAUGUUCCCCGACGCGGCCGCAGCCAUCGCGACUGAGAAAGCCAAGUUCGCCCAGCAGACUGGCAAUCCGCCCACCUCGACCAGAAAUAGCCUGGUUGAUAACCGGAACUCCUUGGUAGCGCCAACGAUCUCGGCACCCAAGGACGACUCCAACGGACAGAAUCCAGCGUCGCCUUGGGGCCCCAACGACCCCAACCGCCCCAAGUCGUCUUCGGGUCAGGCUCCCAUGGGCCAGUUCGUGCAGCCUCCGCCAUCCACGGGUGCUCUGAGGUCUCCUCGUCCCCAGAUUUCGAGCAACACCAACAUCCAGUCAACUACGUUGACUACUGGAGAGCAGCAACUUGCCGACCUCCCUCUCUUGUCCCCGUAUGGCGCGAGUGGCAACUGGGCUUCAAUGGUCAACACGCCAAUGGUUGCCAAUUUCAACCAGUCGCAGAGCAACAACAAUGCCGACAUGGUGGCCAAUGCCACGGCCAUGAAACUGGCGGCCCUCUCGACGGUCAACAAUCGGUUCGCUCUGGACGAUGUGCGCAAGUACCGGCGCGCUCGCUCCAACGAUGCAGCGGGCCAGUCGCAGAAUCCCCUCUCGCCGGGUGUUCCACCCAUCCCCGGCGCGAUCAUGGUCAGCGAGCACGGUGUGGGUCGGGAGCAGAUGGUGAAUCUCCAGCAGCCGCAGAACUUGAGCUUUGCGGCCCAUCGGUCGCGUCCCAACUCGCCGGGCAUUGCGGUGCAGAACUACGGCCCGGCGCUGGCCUUCACUUCUCCACAGAACAACGGCUUCCUCAGUGCCUAUGAUGGAGCAUCUUCGCUUAUGAACAAUGGACUGGCUCCAAUGAACCUGGGUGCGUUCCCAAUGGGGCUGGGCGGCCAUCAUGAGGGAUACCAUUCCGAUCACUCAGAGAUGGUACGUGGCCGUUCUCCGCGCGGUCGGAGAGGCACGUCCAAGCCGCCCGAGGACCCCACGGAUCCGACCCUGCUGCAGGACAUCCCGAGCUGGCUGCGGAGCCUGCGCCUGCACAAGUACACGGAAAAUCUCAAGGACAUGAAGUGGACGGAACUCAUUGAGUUGGAUGACAAGCAGUUGGAGGAGCGUGGCGUCAACGCGCUGGGUGCUAGACGCAAGAUGCUCAAGGUCUUCGAGCAGGUCAAGGAGGCCAGGAAGGAGGGUAAGCUGGGCUAGGAGCCCUCUUCCCUUUUCGAGACGGCGACGAGAACACAGGAAAGCGUUCUGGGGCAUUAAAUGGCUAUACCGAUGGGGUGGACUGAGCGACUUCCAGUCUUUCAAGAAGCAUACUUGCCUAACAUUCUUGCUUCAAGCCCGCGUGUACGCUUGGGAGUUAAGGUCGGGCACUUGUUGAGGUGGUUCGUGGUCCCUUUGGCGAGCGACAUGGGCAUUCCCACCUGGGCUUUGGUUGCGAUCUGGAAGCCGGUACAAUCGCGUCGCCGGUUGCACAUGUAAAAAAGGGAGGGAAUCUAGGUAUUCACGAUUCUGGGAGGGGAGCUGAAUAGCGUAGUAAUGGCGUUUCUACCCGACGGGUGAUAAUCUA